UCAGAUUACAAACGUCCUCUAAGCACAGCGAGUCUGUCACGUCAUUUCCGAUGAUGUGUAAAGCCCCGCCCACGCCCCUGUCUUUUACAUCGGGCGGCCCCGCGUGUCUUUCUUUUCCCACAUCAUGGCGGACCGGUUCAAUAAGGUUCUGAUCCUUGAUGGCAGAGGCCAUCUACUCGGUCGCCUUGCCGCUAUUGUGGCCAAGCAAGUGCUGCUGGGCCACAAAAUUGUGGUGGUGAGGUGUGAGGGUAUCAACAUCUCUGGAAACUUCUACCGCAACAAACUGAAGUACUUGGCUUUCCUCCGCAAGAGAAUGAACACCAACCCUUCCCGUGGACCAUAUCACUUUAGAGCCCCCAGCAGAAUCUUCUGGAGGACAGUAAGAGGUAUGCUUCCACACAAAACCAAGAGGGGUCAGGCUGCUCUGGAGAGGCUGAAGGUGUUUGAUGGCAUCCCACCUCCAUAUGACAAGAGAAAGCGUAUGGUCGUCCCAGCUGCUCUCAAGAUUGUGCGUCUGAAGCCCACACGCAGAUUCGCCGUGCUUGGACGUUUGGCCCAUGAAGUUGGUUGGAAGUACCAGGCCAUCACCGCCACUCUGGAGGAGAAGAGAAAGGAGAAGGCCAAGCUGCGCUACACAAAGAAGAAAGUCGUGCUCAAGCUAACCAAGCAGGCAGAGAAGAAUGUUGAGAGCAAGAUCGCAAAAUAUACUGAAGUUCUUAAACAGUAUGGUGUCCUUGUUUGAGCUGUCCAUGCAGCCAGUCAAAAUAAAUGUUUAUAGAAACUA